GUCCACCCCUCACACGUACUUGUGCACCUUUAUAAAGUUGCCACAGUCUCGUCAUCGAGCUACUGACGACCUCACAAAAAGGGGUUGAUUUCUUACACACUCUCCGGCCACACAUUUACCCUCUUGUUCAUUUCUCGCUUUUUGUUCUGCUCGGCGUUGUUGCGUGCACAAGUACAGCUGUACUCCUAACGCACCUCGCAAAUGUUUCCUGAAUAAAAUACACUGUUUACGAUUCGGUUUUUUUUUUUCCUCUGUCAUUGCGUGCGGCUCAUUGUUGUGUUUUCAAAUCAUUAGUUUCCUUCAUACACCUACCGCGGGCUUCAGCACCGUUUCAUUAGACGCCUCUCCCUCCACACACACAUACACGAACAACACUCUUUAGAUUACCUUGGAGAACUCUGAACAGACCAUUUCUACCUUCUCCGAGCGAACGUGCUUCUUGCCGUGAGAGUGUGACAACUAGACAGGUUGCCGGCUGCUGCGCGCGCCUCCCUUUCCUCACCUUUCUUUUCUUUUCUUUCUGCCCACUCUAUUCUGUGUGAACGAAAAAGAAAGCACUGAAGAGUCGAUCCACAUCCACCACAUGUAGACCCAUCGCAGGCGAAAGGCAAACGAAAACGAAAAUGGACUCCCAAGGUGUGCGGCUGCGCCUUCACUUCGUAGACUCCUCCGAUGACGACGCCUCGCACGAGGCACAGAUGCAAUUUGGCUCGCCGCACGACGACGACAACGGAUCGGUGGACAACCCACCGCAUUUCCCUGGCGGAAGUGGCAGCAAUAAUAUUAGUAUUAAUAAUCAUAUUACAAUUAGUAGUUUUGUCGGCGGCCCUGGAAACGCGUCGGGUAAUGCACACCAGCCGUACGGCGGUGCGUCGAGCAGCGACGCCCGAGAGCGCCGCGGCGGCGACAACGGUGGAGGCUCGUGGCUGGCGAACGCGUUCUAUAAAGCAGCGAACUCCACCGCUACGCUUUUUCUCGGCAAAAAUGAGGAGUCGCACGCGCCGUACGCGCGAAGCCGAGAACCGACGACGAGCUCGAGCACCCAGCCGCGCCUUGGCGGCCCGCCGCACUCGGCGGAUCUGGACCGGGAAAGCGACAGCAACGGUGGGUGGGAGUUUGGGAGCUCGCGCCACCGCUCAAACACCAACGACUCCAGCGAGUCGCCGAGCCCGCCGAACAUGGAAGGCAGCAUGGCCGAGGAGGGAGACGAGUACGAUCAGGUAAGCCUCGACCUGCGGGACACCGUUCUGCUGUUUCUACAAACGGGCUCGGAUGUGUUUAUGAAUAUCAUUCUUGCCACGCUGAAGGCGAGUAACGAGCCGGUGGACGGCGAAACGUUCGAGAUCGCCAGCGGGAAUCCUACCCUGCUGAAGGUGUUCUUGGACUCUGGUCGUGUAAACGUCGAGGACCCGCGGGUGCAGAGUGUUGUCCAGUCGAAACUUAAUGAGCUGCUUGCUGGUGACCCUUACAGGGGAGACGUGAUUCCCGGUGAGUUGCUCGACUACGUGCGCUGCCUCUGCAACGUCAAGACGAGCCGUAUCACCUUUCUGCAAAUGAUUCUUUUCCGCUACUCCGGCUUCGACUACAUUGAGCUGCUCAUCGACUACCCGUAUCUGCUCAACGAUGUGAAGCGACCGCGGCUGUGCAUGCGUAUUUUCUUCUCCACUCUCCAGUACAUUAGCAUCUGCAUUAGUUGGUUUGGUGUGGUGGUGGCGCUCAUGUACGCCGCCAUGACGCUCUGGACGGUCGUGUACUGGUUCCAGCACCCCGAGAACCGGAACAACGGCUACUGGACCAUCAUCGCCUACGUGGGCGGGUACGUGCUGAGCCUCGUCGUGACAAUGCGCUCCGAGGAGGGAAAGAUCUCACGCUACGAUAAUCAGCUCUGGCGCUACCCAAACAACAACCUCCGCAUUAUACCCAUCUUCCCGCUCUACGAGGUGAUGCUGAGCUACAUCUCGCUCCGUUACGAGAUUUCUGCCGACGCGAAGCGCUUCUACAUCAUCCGCUACGACCUCCGCAACGGCAUUCUGAUUCAGCAGAUCUGCAACGGCUACUUCUACGCCACGCCGCAACUCAUUUUGCAGACCUUUCUCUUCACGGAAAAGGAGCAUGAAGUGAAUUACCUCAACGCUGUCGUGUAUUGGCUACUGCUGGGUGCGUGCUGCGCGUUCAUGCUCAUGUCCGUUUUUGCCUAUUACCGCAUCGGCGUCUUUAGCCAUUCGUGCAACAGCCAGGGCUUUGCGAUCCUCUCGACGCAGGGCAACAAUGCGGAUUACAAUCGCUCGGCGAAGGCGCUGUCGCGUCGAAAGAAGCCGUCCGAGGUUGCCACCCGGACACUCCUCUUCUUUACCUUUUAUUUCCUCAUCGCCGAGUGGGUGACACUUCUUAUUUUCCUGCUCAACUUAACGGGAUGCCACGGCGGCGCUGUCGUGUUUCUUGCCAUCUGGGUCGUUGUCAUUGGAUGCUCCAUUGUCUUUGAGGUGCUCUCCCAGGUGUACCUCCCCAUCUCGCGCAGCGUCGCGGCGGUGGCCAUUCCUGCGGUGAUCAUGAAGAUUGCCUACUUCAUUUACAUGCGGUACGAAACCUCCAACAUGGGAUGUAUCAUCUUUGCCUACGGGUACACAGGUUGGAUGCUGCCCAGCCUUGUCUGCUUCGGCAUCGUGUGCAUGUCGCUCCUUGCGUGUGUGGCGAUGUUUCUGUACGAGCUCAUCCUCGGCACGCGCAUCACUCAGAGUGCGGUGGAUCAGUACCUCUUCGCCUAA